CGACAUCAACCUCCCAUACGCCUCACCGUCUCGAAUGGAGCUUCGUUCCUCACAUGCGCAGCCUUCGCCAUUGUUGUGCAUCAUCGAGACCGCGCUUUCUAUGUGAAAGAUUCUCUCCUUGAACGCUGCUGUCGACUCUUCAGGAAUUGGGCAGUCGACGUCGAGAGCAGCUAUGUGUUCCGACAGCAAAUGCUACUGCUGAUGCGACAACACUAUACACCCGUAGAGGAUGAAUUGAAGGAACCCUUUCGUGUAUAUAAGUUGGGAUAUUGCAGACGGAAGUCUCAUCCGUCUCAUCCCUCCUGACCUCCGUCACGCAUCGCGACGAGAUGCAGUUCAUCCGGCUGGUUGCUGUACUGGCCGCUCUCAUCCCACUCAUGGCUACCGCGGCCAGUGCACGCCCGUACGGUAUGGCAGAGGUGUUAAGGAGGGUACCCAGUACGUUGCCCCCUACAAGAAGCGCGCCUUGUGCUGAUGAUCCCAAUUUCCGACGACGCUCAGAGGCCUACACGUUUGGCGAUAUAGUCAAUAUGCCGGCGCCAUUCACAUCCCAUCGCAGCUGCAGUGGAUGUUGAUAUCCACAUGCUCUAUACCCCAUCUCGUCUCAGUACGAACUUGAUUCGAGGUCUGCAGAUUCAAUAUCCAAUCCUUUCCACUAUCAUUGUUAGAUUGCAUCUCAAAUAUCACUACACUGUCUGCCUGAGUACCCCUUAUUCUGUACAGUUAAUUUAGUAACCAAGAAGGAAC